AAGGCAGAACCUCCCCACAACUACCACCACCAACAAGUGCCCAAUUUGCAAACACCAUGGCACCCCCACAAACAAGCCAACAGACAGGCACCCCGCUAUCCCCGGCGGAGCUCUCGUACCUGCACACCUCUCUCACGCUGACCCCACCCAUCCGUCCGGACUCCCGCACACCGACACAAUUCCGCCCACUAAUCGCCGAAUCCGACAUCCUCCCGUCGACCAAUGGCUCUGCGCGCAUGAUCUGGGGUGACGGUGGAGAGUGUGUAGUUGGCGUGAAGGCCGAGGUGGAGAAGAACUCGGCUUCAACCGGGGGGGCGAGGGAUUGGAUCGAGAUCAGCGUGGAGGUAUCCGGUCAGCGCGACGACGACGCCUUCUUAGGCAUGACAGUGGCGGAGAGUCUGCUCGUCCCUGGGAGUGGGGUUUUGGAGAGGUUGGUUCUAGGUGAGAGGUUUCAUUGGAAGGUUUUUGUUGAUGUUUGUUUUUCUCCCUUCUCCUUCUUCUUCCCGCUUAGUUUGUUCCUGCGAUAGGAUAUGCUGCUGAUUCGAGGGCCGGGAGGGGAGGAAUAGAUAUUGCUAUUGACGCCCCCACUAUCACAUCCCGCUACUCUGCUCACGCUCACAACGUACCUUGCCCUUCGUAACACCUUCCUCCCGAGAUUGGUGUCUGAGGUCGCAGAGGACCCGGUCUUCGACGACGACUGGGAUAACGCUCUCGCCUUGUACCCCAUCGGUAGAAUCCCCCCGCCGAUAACCCUGCUGGUGGUCAGUGUCGGUGAGAACAUAUUCUUUGAUCCCACGAGGGAAGAAUUGGCCGUUGGGGAUGUGGCUCUCGCCGUCUCGAUCUGUGGAAAGAAGGUCGUUGGCGUGAGGACCCUGGAAGGAGGCAGUGGAGGCGUUGGGAGGGAGGUUAUUAAGCGGGUCAUUAAAGAGAGUCACGAAGUCGCGGAGGAGGUAUUCGGCAGCCUAAAUAGCGUCGGCGAAGGGGACUAAUACUAGUGCUCGAAUCGCAUGACGGCUUCCUCCAGUUAGCGGCCUAGAGGAGGAAGACAACGUUGGAUGCCAAUAGUAUCAAGGGCUAAAAAUAAAAAUAAAGAAAAUAGCACCUCA